UGUAUGUGUUAGCCAAGAUACUAUUUUCAAUCUUUAGCCUGUCAUAGGAUAUUUUUAACCAAGUGAAAAAGGUUUCUUUUUGACACGAUACUGUGAUAUUAAGACAUGUGGAAUUUAUUGGGAUUUGUGUUUGCCCUCUCCCUGCUGCUUCUCUGUGUAGUGGGCAGAGCGAUGGGACUGGAUGGGCUUCAGGUGACAGGGUGCUCCCGGUGGGGUGCACCGGGCAACAGGAGCCUCUUCCAGGAUGGAGACGUGAUUAUCGGUGGGCUUUUCAGUCUCCAUUACAUACCUUCAGCUGUGGAGCAGGACUUCACCAAGCUGCCACACUAUAAACCUUGCACUGGUUUAGAUCUACAGUCGUUAAAAUAUAUGUACGCUAUGGCCUUUGCGGUGGAGGAAAUCAAUUGUAACAGCAGCCUGCUACCAGGACUGAAGCUGGGUUACCGUAUACUUGAUAGCUGUGGCCGAUACCCCUGGGCUCUGCAAAGUGCACUUUCUCUGGUCGGAGGAGACGCACACAGCUGCAGCACAACAGCCUCUCCACUUCAUUCUGCAACUUAUGAGCAACCUUUAGAGACAGCUGGUGGUCAGGUUGUUCCUUUGCUCAUUGGUGCUGCUUCGUCUACAACAGCCAUGAUGCUGUCCAGGAUACUGAGGCCUCUCUCUGUACCACUUAUCAGCUUCUUGGCCAGCUGCCCCUGUCUUAGUGACAGAUCCAAGUUUCCUAACUUCUUCAGAACGAUCCCCAGUGAUGUUUAUCAAGCUCAAGCUAUGGCACAGCUAGCUAUACGCCUUCAGUGGACGUGGGUUGGAGCUGUGCAUGCAAAUAAUGAUUAUGGUCAACUUGCAAUACAGGUAUUUCAGGAAGAGAUUCAGGGGAAAGGCGUAUGCUUGGAGUUUAUAGAGCCUGUCCACAGACAAACUAUUGUGAGAGACGCCAAACGUGCAGCGCUCACCAUCCAAGCUGCGACUGCAAGAGUGAUUCUGGUCUUUACUUGGUAUACAGAUAUAAAGAAAGUAUUUCUGGAACUGGCCAAGAGAAAUGUGACUGACAGACAGUUUUUGGCCAGUGAAGCCUGGAGCACAAGCGAUGAUCUUCUCCAGGAUCAUACUGUCUCUAAGGUGGCAAGUGGUGUUCUUGGUGUGGCCAUUCGAAGUUCAGCAAUACCUGGAUUUGAAAAUUAUCUCAGACAUUUGCACCCGACUUAUCAUCCUGAUGAUGAAUUCUUGAGAGAAUUCUGGGAAAAAGAGUUUGGAUGCAGUCUUGUGGACAAGUUUUCACAUUCCCCUUCAUCACCUUCAGCUUCUCUACCUCUGUGCAGCGGGAUGGAGUCCUUAGAGGGUGUGCAGCAUCCCUUUGUGGACACGUCUCAGCUCAGAGUGGCAUAUAAUGUGUAUCUUGCUGUUUAUGCUGCAGCUCACGCUCUGCACAGCCUCCUCUCCUGCCCCAACAGGGACAGCCCUCCUGGAAGCAACAUCUCUGCUUGCUCCUCUCCAGAACACAUCAAACCGAUGGAGCUAAUGCAGCACUUAAACAAAGUGAACGUCAUCACACCGCACGGAGAAAUGUUUUAUUUCCAAGGAGCUGACUUUCCACCCAAGUAUGACCUUGUCAACUGGCAGAAAAGCCCUGAGGGGACACUCAAACUGGUUUUGAUUGGUCGUGUGGAUGGGUUUGAUCUCCACCUGAACGAGUCAGCUAUUCAGUGGAGCACAGGAUCCAAUCAGGUGCCUGUUUCAGUGUGCAGUGAAAGAUGUCCCCCAGGUACUCGGGUGGCAAACAGGAAAGGAGAACCUGUCUGCUGCUUUGACUGCUUCCCAUGUGCUGAUGGGGAAAUUAGCAAUACAACUGGUUCUCUUCACUGUGAGAGAUGUCCAGUUGCGUUCUGGUCCAAUGCUGAUAGAACUGCCUGCAUCCCUCGUCAGCUGGACUUCCUUUCCUUUAAUGAAACUUUGGGAAUUACUUUAACUACAGCAGCUGUGUCUGGUGCCAUUGUGACAACAGCUGUGUUGGUGGUUUUUCUGUAUUACCGUCAAACACCUUUGGUACGAGCCAACAACUCAGAGCUGAGCUUCCUGCUUCUUCUGUCACUCAAGCUCUGCUUUCUGUGCUCACUGGUGUUCAUCGGUCGUCCAUCAGUCUGGUCUUGUCGGUUCCAGCAAGCUGCAUUUGGGAUCAGCUUUGGACUUUGUGUUUCCUGCCUCUUGGUAAAAACCAUUGUGGUUCUGGCUGUUUUCCGCUCAGCUCGGCCGGGAGCCGAAGGUUUGAUGAAGUGGUUUGGUCCAGGCCAACAGAGAGGAAGUAUCUGCUUCUUCACAUGUAUACAGGUUAUCAUCUGUGCCAUUUGGCUGUCCCUCAGCCCCCCGAUGCCUCAACGUGAUCUGGGUUUCAGAGGGUCAAAAGUCACUGUGGAGUGUGCAAUGGAAUCUGUGGUGGGUUUCUCUCUGGUUCUGGGCUACAUCGGCCUGCUGGCCUGCACCUGCCUCCUCUUGGCCUUUCUUGCUCGGAAACUCCCAGACAAUUUCAAUGAAGCCAAACUGAUCACCUUCAGCAUGCUGAUUUUCUGUGCCGUCUGGGUUGCCUUUGUGCCUGCUUAUGUCAGCUCUCCUGGGAAAUAUGUUGUCGCUGUGGAAAUUUUUGCAAUUCUUGCCUCCAGUUAUGGUUUACUGCUCUGUAUUUUUGCACCAAAAUGUUUUAUUAUUCUUUUGAGGCCUGAGAAAAACACUAAGAAACACCUGAUGGCAAGAUAGUUUUACUGGCUUCAGUUCAAACAUGUGACUCUUUACCAUCUUUGUCUGGUCUAGACAACUCCAACUCCUCUAUAUAAUUCUUUUGGCAACGAUUGUUCAAGACAUAACUUGUCCAGCCAUUUCUUGUGUCACACAUAGUUACUGCUUUUAUUAGUGACUGAAUAAUUCAGAGAAUUUCUGCUGUUAGACUUUAAAUGCUACCAUAGUACCAUCCUCUGAAGAAAAACUUACAUUUAAAUGUAAUGCUGCUAUUCAAAUUGUACUUGUGUAGUUUUUUUCUCUGUAUCUCAGCUAAAUAUAACUAUGCCAGCUUCUCUGAAAACAGAAUUUUGAAAAUUAUGUUAAUGUCCUCCAUAUAAUGCUUUUUGAAUAAAUUCAAAGUAAAUAC